AGAAUACAGAGGAGACGUUGUCCUGCCUCCUGUCCCUGCUAGGCUGCGAGACGAGUCCCUCCACCCGCCACUGUCAUUUCACUGCACUUGUAUAUAACUGUGUAAUAAAACAUACGUCCCUAUCCUAUGGCUGCAACACGACCUCGAGGGAAAUGGAGGAAGAGGGUCCAUGCAUGCAUCCUCACAGAAAUUGAGGCCAUCGAGAACCUCCGAGAGAAGGGCAAAAAGAAGAGUGUGGCAAAGAAAAAGAAAAGUCACAAGACCACAAAGAAAAGGCCUCAAGAGUCAUCCAGCAGUGAAGAUGAGGACAACCCUGAGGUGGUUCUGGAUGACUCGUUUGAAUAUUCUGAUGAAGCGGAUGGUGAAGCAGAAGACCAGCCCUAUCCAUUUGUGCAGAAGGAGGCAGAAUUAGGGGACUUUAUUUUGGUGGAGGAAGGUCGAAAUGCUAGGGAAAAGGUGCAUUAUGUUGGUAAAGUUCUCUCUAUUAAGGACGACACCAGCUAUAAUGUAAGUUUUCUCCGGAUCAAGUCUACCUAAGUUUGGUAUUCCAGACAACUUUUGUUUCCCUCGAAUAGAGGACACAGCGAAGUUUUUUUUUUAAAGAAUGCUGCAAAGGUGUGUUGAUGCCCCAGCAAGGGCGUGCUGAACGACUUUCAAAUAUGGUAAAGCUAAAUGUUCCAUUGUAUUCAUUUAACAUGAAAUGAGGUAGGCCUAGGAAUGAUAAAUUUUCAAAUCUUACUUUAUUUUUUCAGUGUUUUCUUAAAUAAACAAUAUUGGAUGCA